GAGCGGCCAAGGAGUUGCACUAGGCGUUGGGGCUCGCAGCGGACCCACGUGACUGGGACACUUCCUUUACCCUCUUCGCGUCCCGAACCAUAGAGAUGGGGCGGCCUCCGGGUAGCCUAGAGUGGCCCCCGAAAGUGCACUUGGCCGGGGGCGGGGGUGGGGGGGGUAAAGGCUCAAACUCACGAGUGAGCGGGGGUACUUCCUAGCUAUACCCCUCGCUGGGUGCACAUGGUUCGCGGCCGCACGUCCUGAGUGGGACUAGCGACGGCCGUGGGUUUAAGCCCGGCGCGAUCCGAGGGCGAUAGCUGCCCUCCCCCACGGCUGUCAGGAGUUGUCAGCGGUGCCUCCUCCCGCGUGGGUUUCCUCCUUGAGGGGGGGUCCCUCGUCCCCCACUACCCGUGUGUGACGUGUAGGGAUUGGGACAUUAGCAAGGCCUCCUAUCGUGGAUCCCCUCCUUCUAGAGUUGGGGUCCUGGCAUCAGAAAGAGAAGGAGCAGUAAGCAGCACCAGGCAGAACCUCCCAGGGUCAGAGGCAGUGGGAUGGCAGCCACUGGGGCCUACCGACCCCAACAGGUGUGGAGUCCUGCCCCUGGCCCUGAGACGCUGGCCCUGAUGGAGCAGCCUGCUCCAAGGACCCUCUUCUUCCCCGCUGUGAAGGUGAAGCCAGAAGGGAUGACCCAGGACCUGCCACCCCAGGCAGAGAAGGGUGGUCAGGACAAGACAGGGAAUGAAGAGAAAACUUUGAAGCAUGAAACUGUAGACAGCAGUGAUCAGCUUUUUCAAGCAGAGGAAAAACCAGACAUGCUUAAUGAAUAUGGAAACUCUUUUAGCCUGAAUGAAGAGACGACUCUGAAACAAAGAAUCCUACAUCAUAACAAUCAGCUCUUCUUCCAGACAGAGGAAAAAUCAAACCUGCUUAAUGAAUAUGAAGAUUUUUUCAGUGGCCAGAACUCAGCCUUAGUUGGAUUUAAUGUAUUCCAAACUGAGGCACUAUAUGACUGUCAGAAGUGUGGAGAACACUUUGUUACCAUGUCCCACCUCACUCAGCACCAGAGCAUUCACACUGGACCAGGGCGCUAUGUGUGUUAUGAAUGUGGAAAAAGGUUUACCCGAAGUUAUCACCUCAUCCGACAUCAGGUUAUUCAUACUGGAGAGAGACCUUUUUCAUGUAAAGAGUGUGGGAAGACUUUCAAGAGAAAAUCAACCCUCACUGAACACCUGAGAAUUCACACUGGAGAGAAACCUUAUAGAUGUAACAAAUGUGGGAGAGCCUUCAGUCAAAGCAAAGACCUCUUAGAACAUCAGAAAAUGCACACUGUUGAAAAACCUUACAAAUGUGAUGACUGUGAGAAGGCUUUUAGUACCAGCUCAAGCCUCCUUCAGCAUCAGCUUAUCCAUACAGGAGAAAAACCCUACAAAUGUAGUGAAUGUGGGAAAGCCUUCAGAAAUAGUUCAAGCCUCCUUCGACAUCAGUUCAUCCACACAGGAGAAGAGCUCUACAAAUGUGAUGAAUGUGGGAAAACUUUGAGUAAUCGCUCAAGCCUUUUCCAGCACUUAAAAAUUCAUUCUGGAGAGAAACCCUAUCAUUGUAAUGAAUGUGGGAAAGGCUUCAUUCGUAACUCAUACCUUAUCGAACAUCAGAGGAUUCACACAGGGGAGAAACCCUAUGCAUGUAAGGAAUGUGGAAAGACCUUCCGACGUUCCUGGUACCUCACAGAACAUCAGAGAAGCCAUGCCCCAGAAAGAGCAUAUAGAUGCACUGAGUGUGGGAAAGCCUUCAGAGACAGUUCAUGUCACUUCCAUCAUCAAAAACUCCACACAGGAGAAAAACCCUUUGGCUGUAGUGAAUGUGGUAUGACUUUUGGGCGCAAGUCACGGCUUCUGGACCAUCAGAGAAUCCACACUGGUGAAAAACCCUAUGAAUGUGAAAAAUGUGUGAAGAGUUUUAGCCACCGUUCUCAACUUCUUGAACAUAUGAGAACUCAUACUGGAGAGAAGCCUUAUGAGUGCAAUAAAUGUGGGAAAUCGUUUACCAGGAAUUCUGGCUUUAUACGUCAUCAGAAAAUCCACACUGGGGAGAGGCCCUAUGAAUGUAACCAAUGUGGCAAAUGUUUUAGCAAUAGUUCAUUUCUUAUUGAGCAUGAAAGAAUCCAUACCACAGAAAAACCUUACAAAUGUGAUGAAUGUGGGAAAGCUUUCUGUAAGAAAUCAUACCUCACUGGACAUCAGAUCACUCACACCAAAGAGAAACCCUAUGAAUGUAAUGAAUGUGGGAAAUCCUACAAUCGACGUUUCCGUCUUAUUGAGCACCAGAGAAUUCACACUGGAGAGAAACCUUAUGAAUGUGGUGAAUGUGGGCGAUCAUUUAGUCGAAGUGCACUUCUUAUUGGACAUCAGAUAAUUCACACCAAAGAGAAGCCCUAUGUAUGUAAUGAAUGUGGGAAAGCUUUUAGUCUGAGAAAACAUCUUGUUCAACAUCAGAGUAUCCAUAAUGAUGAGAAACCUUAUGAAUGCAAUGAAUGCGGGAAAGCCUUUAGGCACAAAUCUACAUUUCGUGACCAUCAGAAAGUUCACACUGGUGAUAAACCCUGUAAAUGCAAUGAAUGUGGGAAAUCCUUCAAUCGGACCUUUCAUCUUAUUGAACACCAGCGGAUUCAUACUAAGGAGAAACCCUAUGAAUGUAAUGAGUGUGGGAAGUGUUUCAGUCGAAGCUCAGUAUUUACUCAGCACCAGAAAAUUCAUAGUGAAGAUCAUAAACCCUUUGAAUGUAAUGAAUGUGGGAAAUCUUUCACUCGAAAUUCAGUUUUUAUUAAACACCAGAAAAUUCACAUUAAAGAGAACAAACUCAAUGAAUAUGGAAAAUCCUUCAGUCAAAACUCAGUCUAUAUUCAACAGCAGGAAAUGCAUACUAAAGAGAAUCUAGAUUAAUGAAGAGGGGUUUUUUGGGAUGUUGCAGUUUUUUCAGUAUUGAAUUUUAUAUUUAGGUAGAGAUGGUGAUGGUGAGGAAAGCCUUUGUCAGACCUCAAGCUUUAUUCAGCACAAAUGGGUUUACUAGGAAGCAAACCAGCGAUUCAGUAGACGGAAAUAGAAAUUAUAAUUAAACUUAUCAAAGACUGCUAUCUUUUGGGGAAUGAUCUGUCUUGAGAGGGCAGUUCUAUGGAGUCAAAAAUACAGGGAACUUCCAUAGGACUGAUUACAGCUUUGAUAGUGUGGGGGAAAUGUAAAGUAUCAGCAAACUCUGUGACCAAACCUGGAAGGACUUCACCCCAUUUUCUGUAUACCAAGUGAGCUAACAUUCAGCAAUGUAGAGUAGUAAGAACUAGGUUAUCACAUGUUACCAACUCAGCAAAAGCUUAAUGCUGGGAAAAUAGUCCCUGUCCUUUAAAAAGUUUCAUUGCUGCCUUUUCCUUUUUUCAUCUCCGUGGAAUGGUAGAUCUUCUUCCUCCGUUUUUACCCCUGUAGAAUCCUCCCUUACAGCAGAAACAGUCAAGCAAAUUAGGCUUACAAAAUGACAGUGUCUGAUCAUUGAGGCAAUAUUCUGUACCUAUCACCACUCUCCACUUCCUUCUAGAGAGGAGGGAAGUAUUUCCUACUCUUUUCGCCAAGAUCAAGGUUAGUCAUUGUGGAUCAGCUGUCCCUUAGGACCAAUCUGUUUAUCUUCUUUUCAUCAUUGUGUGUACUAUCUGCCUGGUUCUGCUUUCUGCCUUUGCAGUAGUUUAUGCAGGGCAAAAAAUACUGGAUUUGGAGUUAAGGGACGUGAGUUUAAAUUCUCCUUUGCGGCUUACUAUCUGUGUGUUGAUACAUCACUAACUUUCUGGAUCUUAUUUUCCUCAUCUGCAAAAUGAGGAGACUGAACUAUAUAGUUUCUGCAGUCUCUUCUGGCUCUAAAGCCUAUGAUUUUAAAUCUUUUUGUUUCUUUGAAUUUUUCAUAUUCAUGAUUUCUUAUAGCACAAUGAUAUUCCAUUAUUUAUGUUCCACAAUUUAGUCAUUUCAUAAUGGAUGGAUAGCUUUUCUUCUCCUACUACUAAGUACUAGAAAAUGAUAUGAACUUCUUGGUAUAUGUGGGCCAAUUCUGUUAUUGAUCCCCUUGGACAUAUGCCCAGUCAUGGGAUCAGUAAAUCACGAUGUGGUUGGUAACUUUUCUCCUGUAAUUCCUAACAGAUUGUCGAAAUCUUAGACAUUUUCUGCCUCUCCAUACCCUGUCUUAAAUGGUCUAUUUCCUCUCACAUUUGCCUAUCAAAUAGAUAUGGUAAAGUGUGAGUUGUUUAAAUGGUAUGUCUCUCAUAUGGUGGUUUAUCCUUUCCAUUUAUUUUGAAUAUUUUGUUAUUGACUACUUACCUCUUUGGGCAUGACUCAGUUUUAUAUAUGUGUCAGUUACUUCCAUCUUGGAUAUUAGAUUCAUGAAAGGUAAUUGAUGUAAAGAUUUUCUCCAUUUCACCAUAUCUUCUGAUUUUUAUAUUUGUUCAAAAACAUUCUAAUCUUAUGUCAUCAAAAUUGUCUUAAUUUGUCUCAUGGACUCUCAGUUUUUUGUUUUUGUUUCCUCAUCCAGAGAUAUUGUAAGAUGAUGAUCUAAUCAUAACUUCUUUGAGCAGGGAGUUCUUACAUAAUUGUAUUAACUAAUCCCUCAGACCUCGAAGAAUCCGGCAUCAGAGAGAACAGAUAUAAUUUGAGAAUAGAAACAUCAGGGCUAGUUUAGCAGGAAAUCAUAGCCCAGCUGCUUCCCUGCUCCUCAGUCAAGAACAAAUUGAUUUGACUAAUAAAUGCAUAUUUAACCAGAAAUGCAUGUUGCAUUGAAUAGGAUUUACUGAUCAGAUUUCUUCCUCCUCUCCCCAGAAUAGUUUGUGGUGUAGAUGUAGUUUCCACUGUUGCUGAGGGCAUGAUAGAAUGAGGAUGUAAGAAGUCAACUCUUGGAAGCCACCCAGCCCUGACCAAAUCUGUCUGAUACCUUGGGUUCAAGAUUGGAUUAAGAUGAAGUACUUAUAGAAUACUUAACAGUUAAUAAAAGGAGGCUUAUUUAGCCAUAACUGGGAAAGGGUGUUCAGAGAGGGGAAGGAAUUUUCAACAAGAAAACAUAUACUGUAUCCUAUUGAGCAUAGCUUUUCUCCCCUAUCCACUCACCAGCUGGAGCAUCAUGUCAGAUACUUGGUUCAUUUGCUUGAACUUUAGUUCCCUGGGCCAAGUUGUAAGGGUGGUUCUAAUAUCUAUUAAAGAAAAUAAUGGAGGGCAGCUAGGUGGUGCAGUAGAUAAAGCACUGUCUCUGGAGUCAGGAGGACCUGAGUUCAAAUCCAGCCUCAGACACUUGACACUUACUAGCUGUGUGACCCUGGGCUAGUCACUUAACCCUCAUUGCCCUGCAAAGAAAAAAAAAAAAAGAAAAGAAUGGCCUACCCUGUGUGAGGUGGAACCUUACAAGAUAGCUGCCACCUGUAAGGAUUUAAUUGUAAUUUGAGGUUUCUCUGACCCCAUCUUUAGCUAAAAUUAGAAACCCUGAGGCAUACCCUGGCCGGCCUCAGGCACUGCCCUCUCCGCUCCAGCAAGGUGCUCCAUCCAUGGCACUGUAGCUCAUGUCAUCACCUCGUGUUGACGCCUACAUGGGCCUGGCCAAAUUAUAAUGAGGGAAAGCCCUGCCAUGAUUAGAAGCCCAGUGAGGGCAGUCAGGUGACCUUUGGUGUCCACCAGCCACCUGUUGAUUCUGUCACUCAGGGCUGCCAGCCAAUUAGCUUGGGGCUGCGUGUAUGUGGACCUUGUUUCCUGUGGAAGAGUGGCCUUUGGGAUAGAGAGAAGGGAGGAGUCAGCUCACUGGUGGGUGCAAGGGAGAGGGUUAGACACGGCGCAGCUGAGUUUGGUUGGUGUGAUUGCGGGUCGUAUUGUUUUCCUUCCCCUAUUCCCUUUUCCUUUGUUCCUAGUUCUAUUAACCUUACUUGUGUUUUAAAUUUGUUCCCGUUAAUAAACCCCGUUUUGUUUUUUGAAAGAGGCUGUUAAUCUCUUUUCUUACCCCAACAUUACGGCAAGCUAUCCAAUUAGUUCUCCCCGUAUUAAAUUUGGCCCUUACAUACCACAGCUCUCAAGUAUCAAAAUACUAAGCUAGAGUACUGGUUGAUUAUUUCUAAUAUUUCAAAACACUAUACAAUGCUUUGAGAAACUUCAGCUCCUUAGGCAAACAAGGGAUCAAAUUCAACUGUACAAGAUGUUACAACUCAGUUGAGGACUGAAUGCUGUAAAUGGAAACAGUUUUUGAGAGGGGUCAACAAUAUGAAGUUGUUUUCUUUUUUAACUUCUCCAAAGGAAAUAGGGAAUGGCUUCUUCACAAAUGACCUCAUCUGUGAGAUGAAUUCAGA